AUGACGGCUAGAACGUAUCUCCCUUUGAUAAGUCCGAACCGUGGCGCGUCGGUCGAAGAUCACUUGGCCGCCAGCGAUCUCUCCAUGAAUCAGGUCACGUUUCAUGAAGCCUACAAAAUCAGGCCAGAGACUCAAAUUAAAUUGAUAAAAAUUUCAUUUAUGCGAUAUCAACACCCGGACCUUGACGUUAUCACGACAUUUCUACUUAACUUUGGGCUCAGUGUGGUGAAAAAAACGGAUACUGAAGUAUGGUAUCGAGGAUAUGGUGCAGACCAAUAUUUAUACUAUGCUUGCAAAGGACCAAGACAGUUUCUUGGCGGUGCAUUCGACGUGGAAAGUUUUGAAGAUUUGGAAAAGGCGACAAAAUUGCAAGGCGUUACGAUUCUGUCCGACGGCAUUGAAGAAAUGAAAGGCGCACCAGGCGGUGGGUAUAUUGUCACCCUCGCAGACCCAGAAGGGUUCCCUAUCAGCCUCGUUUAUGGACAAACCCUAGGAGAAGCAAAGCCAAUGCCAGAGAAGGUUAUUAUGAACGAUGAAGUCGAUAAACCCCGUGCUCGAAAGUUUCAGCGGUUUCAAAAUGGACCGGCCGCUGUUCAUAAGCUAGGUCACUACGGCCUCGUUGUCCGCGACUUCAUGAAGCAAUUUUCAUUCUACACGCAAAACUUCAAUCUGAUGCCGUCGAAUGUGUUAUAUAUGCCGACCGCUGACAGUAAACCCAAAGAGGUCGGUAUGUUCGCACACAUUGAGCGCGGUGAAGAACUCGUAGAUCACCAUACCAUUUUCCUCACGAGUCUGCCACCAGGUGCUACGGAACCACAUGUGCAUCACUGCAGCUUCGAGAUCCAUGAUCUCGAUUCCCAGAAAUUGGGCCACUACUGGUUAGCCAAAAAGGGAUAUGAACCCGUCUGGGGUGUCGGACGACAUAUUCUGGGAAGCCAGAUAUUUGAUUACUGGUGGGAUCCGAAUCAUUUCAUGGUGGAGCAUUAUAUCGAUAGCGAUGUUGUCAAUCAGGAUACCCCAGUAUCAUUCGAAUUAGCCGAGUCAGCUAAAGAUGCGGCCUGGGGCCCAGACGUGCCUUCUGCAUUCCUUGAGUGACAUCGUUGAGAAUAUCCUUUG